AGAGAGAGAGAGAGAGAGAGACAGAGAGACAGAGAGAGAGAGAGAGAGAGAGAGAGAGAGAGAGAGAGAGAGUUGAAUAAGGAAAUAGCAGACACUUCAAACUGGAAUGCUUUUGAUGACACAAGUGAAGACCAAGUUCCAAGACUGACCAGGUGAAUCCAGGUGAAAGGCUAUGAUUCCUUCUUGAUGUCACCUGUUAAAUCUACGGCAGGAGAGGAGGUUAAAAAAAGGGAUGUUUAUGCCUUGAGACAACUGAGACAUGGAUUGCGUACGUGUGCCAUUCAGAGGGUGAACGGACAAGGUAAAAAAUAACCCAGGGCAUGACCCUAGAGACACUGGUGUGGAUCAGACCAUUAUAAAGGAUGGGUUCCAGCUGCAGUGGUCAGAAACGUCAGAAACAUGACAUCCACCACCCAGGGAAAGGCUCUCAAACCACCAACUCCACCAACCACACUGCACACAAUACGGAACAGGCCUCCGGUAAUGACGAAGACGUUGUCAUUGCUCUGCACGACUUCAAACCAACCACGGACCAGGACCUACCGUUCAGAAAGGGAGAGAGGCUUCAGAUCCUCCAGGAGAAUGGGGACUGGUGGUUUGCUAAGUCACUGGUGACGGGAGAGGAGGGGUGCAUCCCAUGUACGUACGUGGCCAGAGUAGACACCCUAGAAAUAGAAAAAUGGUUUUUCAAGGACCUGAGUCGUAGAGAGACAGAGCGUCUGCUCCUGGCUCCGGGGAAUAAAGCCGGGUCAUUUCUAGUUCGAGAGAGUGAGACCACCAAAGGUACUCUCUCCCUGUCCAUCAGAGACGUAGGGCUGGAGCAUGGGGAUGUGGUGAAGCACUACAAGAUCCGUUCCCUGGAUAACGGAGGGUUCUACAUCUCUCCGUCCACCUCCUUCUCCUCCCUGCAGGAGCUGGUCAAGUACUAUACCCGUACGUGUGAUGGGUUGUGUCAGCGCCUGAACGCCCCCUGCAAGCCGAAGGCCCCCGUUCAGCCGUGGGCCCAGGACGAGUGGGAGAUCCCCAGAGACACGCUGAAAAUGAUCAGGAAAUUGGGAGCAGGACAGUUUGGAGAAGUCUGGAUGGGUUACUAUAAGGGCAAUCAGAAGGUGGCGGUGAAAACCCUGAAGGAAGGGACCAUGGAGCCUGAGGCCUUCCUCCAGGAGGCCAACCUGAUGAAGCAGCUGCAACACGACAGACUGGUCCGCCUUCACGCCGUCGUCACCAUGGAACCCAUCUACAUCGUCACGGAGUUCAUGAUCAAUGGAAGUCUGUUGGACUUCCUGAAAACAGACGAGGGCAAGAAGUUGAAGCUCACCAAACUGAUAGACAUGUCAGCCCAGAUAGCUGAAGGCAUGGCCUACAUUGAGAAGAAAAACUAUAUCCACAGAGACCUGCGAGCCGCCAACAUUCUGGUCAAUGAGACUCUCCACUGCAAGAUAGCAGACUUUGGCCUGGCCAGGAUCAUAGAAACGGAGUACACAGCAAGAGAAGGUGCUAAGUUUCCCAUUAAGUGGACAGCUCCGGAGGCCAUCAACUUUGGAACGUUCAGUAUAAAGUCAGACGUGUGGUCUUUCGGCAUCCUGCUGACUGAGAUAGUUACCUAUGGAAGAAUUCCCUAUCCAGGUAUGACGAACCCUGAUGUGAUUCGUAACCUGGACAGGUGUUACAGGAUGCCCUGUCCGGAGGGUUGUCCUGAGGAACUAUAUGACCUCAUGAUGACCUGCUGGAAGGAGAGACCAGAGGAACGGCCCACCUUCGAACACCUGCAGGAAACUCUCAAUGACUUCUUCAUCGCCACUGAGGGACAAUAUGAGAUGCAGGUCUGACUGUGAACUCAGAGUCAUCAUUCAAUGCUUUUGUCAAAGCCACCCCCCCCCACCCCCACCCCCACCCCCAGGACAAAUGUCAACGUUUUAAAAGUUAUUGGUGUAACGCUCGAGGAACACAUGGAAAUUUCAUCUCUACAUCCUUACAUGUCCAUAGUACGAGAUGCAUCCCUGAUUUAACCAAGCCAUGAUGUCGUGAGAUUGGCCUGGUUGGCCCAUGUUUACUCAACACAGAUCUACUAUAGUUGCUGCCUGGAACCAAAGCUAAAAAAGGACCAUGUGAAAAGAUAGGAAAGUAUCAAAGCCAGAAAAGUUUGUUUCGGAGUCGGCACAGUAGUGUGAAAAGAGUACAAGGACUUUUUCACAGCACAGUCCGCGAUUCAGCCCUGAGACUGGUUCAUUAAUACAAGAGGACGGCAAUGGAAAUCUCACAGAGUUUGAAGUAGAAAGAGACUCCUGCAUCUGACUGCACUUAUUUACGUCGGUCCUUGUCUGUUGGGGACUUGUGGCAUAGCCAUAGAAAGAGACAUGGAUUUAAACAGACCGAUGAAACGAGACAAAACGAGAGGCCAAAGGAUUGAUCAAGAUGACGAUGUGAGACCCGAUAGAGACACAAACUGAUCCUGAGACAGGUGGGUGGGUUGGGUUGGGUGGGGUGGGUUGGGGUGCAACGGUGUUUUGGCAUGGUUUUGGUUAUGGUAUGGGCACGGUCGGGACAGGACCUCACGGACUUUGCCUUCAUCCUCAUAGACUUGCCUACAUACUACUCUUUCUCCUUGGUUCCUCGAGGAAAAAAAGGCUUCCACAAGAGAGAACCCAACAGAACACAUCUACAUGUCUGCCCUCCUCUGCUGCUUUAAACAGUCAUUUUAAUGUGCAUACAACGCUAUAGGGCCCCCGAAUUAUGACAUUUGAUCAAUAAAGAUGUAUAUUAUUGGUAAUUUAA